ACUAUAGGCACCGGAGAAGAGGACGAAGAAAAGCCUCCUUAAGGAAAUGGAAGCAAACAAGAACAAAUCUCAGAUGGCUGGCCUUGAUCUGAAUGCACUACCGGAUGAAUGCACAGAUGCAGUUACCUGGACUGAUGUGCAUUGUUCUGCUUUGGAAGAUAAUGUGUCCCUGGAGGAUGUUAUUAUUUCCAAGAAGCCGCGUCGUGCUUCCUGCCCUGCACCUUUGGAUGUCUCUGAAUUGCGUCGCAGUUCUCGCCGCACCAGGUUCCAAGGAUUUAAGUCUCCAUCUGUUGUUGAUCAUCCCAGGAGGCGCCCCUUAGUCAAGCCUCACCACUCUCCUUCAGCUGCAGCUGGACCACAUCUACCACUGGCGGCCCCUCGUACUGCUAGCCCAUCUGCGCCUGCACCGCCUCCACCAUCCACCACAAUACCCCUUCUCCAGCACAUCGGUGUCUCCUAUUGCAGCAUCUCAGCUUCAGAGCGGUCCGACGAGUGCCUUGUGCAGGCUCCAUCCACUGACGAUGAUGGGAACCCUACCUGAUCGGCUGGAUCUUUUUGGUCAUUGCACCAAGAGUGCACUUAUCUUAGUUUCAUGUCGUGCCGCAAUUCCAUUGCCCCUAGCCCUGUUCAAUAUUUUGCAUGUGGUCCAUCUAAACUUCUUUCAUAUUAUAUGAAUUUUAUUAUUUGGAAGAUCU